AUGGCCGUCUACAUCGCAGCUGGCAAGCGCACGGCGUUCGGCGCGUUCGGUGGAGCGCUCAAGAGCCACACGGCGUCGCAGCUCGGCGGUUUCGCGGGCAAGGCGGCGCUCGCAGAGCUGCCCGAGGGCACCAAGGUCGACUCUGUCAUCUUCGGCCAAGUUCUCUACUCGGACCCGUCGGCCGCCUACCUCGCGAGGCAUGUCGGCCACCUCUCGGGCGUCCCGCACGACGUCCCGGCCUUGACCGUCAACCGCCUGUGCGGCAGCGGCUUCCAGGCGGUUAUCAACGCGGCGCAGGAGAUCAAGCUCGGCGAGUCGCACGUCGUCCUCACCGGCGGCGUCGACAACAUGUCGCUGUCGCCCUACAACCUGUCUGGCGCCUCGCGCUUUGGCAACAAGUACGGCGUCGACCUCAAGCUCGAGGACUCGCUCGCGCAGGCCCUCACCGACCGCGUUCCGAACCCGACACCGAUGGGCAGCACGGCGGAGAACCUCGCGACCAAGUACGGCAUCACGCGUGAGCAGUGCGACCAGUACGCGCUCCAGAGCCAGCAGCGGUGGAAGAAGGCCCUCGAUGCCGGCGCGUUCGAGGCCGAGAUCACGCCCGUCCAGCUCCCGCCCAAGAAGCGCGGCGGCGAGCCCAUCACGUUCAAGCAAGACGAGCACCCUCGCCCGCAGGCGACGCUCGAGCAGCUCGGCAAGCUCCCCGCCGUCUUUGCCAAGAACGGCACCGUCUCGGCCGGCAACGCGAGCGGCAUCUGCGACGGUGCGGCGGCCAACGUCGUCGUGAGCGAGGAGGCCGUCAAGCGCUACGGCCUCAAGCCGCUCGCAAAGGUCGUCGCGUACCACAUCAACGCCGUCGACCCGACCAUCAUGGGCAUCGGCCCCGUCGAGGGCAUCCGCGGCGUCCUCAAGAAGGCGGGCCUGACCAUCGACGACAUUGACCUGUUCGACAUCAACGAGGCGUUCGCCGCCCAGUGGCUCUCGGUCCAGAAGGAGCUCGGCCUGCCCAACGAGAAGUCGAACGUCAACGGUGGCGCCAUCGCUCUCGGCCACCCGCUCGCGGCAUCUGGCGCGCGCAUCACGGCCAACCUCGUGCACACGCUACACCGCCUGCAGAAGCGGUACGCGAUCGGCUCGGCGUGCAUCGGCGGCGGGCAGGCGACGACGCUCCUCCUCGAGCGGGUCUGAGGUCGACGAGCGAGGAGCAAGCUUUGCAGUGCAGUGUCUUUGUGCCGUG